GAGCCUGCAGUGACAGUCGGGACCCCUCUGACCUUGUCCUAAUAGGACUGUGCUGGAAUCUGCCACUUCUAUGACUGGGAGACUGUGGCAGGUUCUGGAUGCCAGUGGGUGAGCCUGGCACUGGGCACAGGAUAUGGAGCCCGCCCUGAACUGCAGCGCCCUGCACCAGUGUCAUCUGCACCCAAGACUGGACAAACUGGAAACUGUGGGAAUAUUACAGGAUCUGUGCCGGGCAUCGAGGGCACCGGACGUGGCGCUCAUUUCCGUGGCGGUGCAGGGGGUCCUCGGGUCUCUUCUCACCUGUGGACUUUUCUUGUCCAUCUUUUUCUUCAUCUUCACCAUUCGCUUCCGGAAAAACAGGAUAGUGAAGAUGUCCAGUCCCAACCUGAACCUGGUCAUCGUGCUGGGCAGCGUCUUCUCCUACAUCAGCGCCUUCAUGUUUGCUGCGCAAGGACACACUGUCUCCAUGGAAACGAUAAUUCAGGCCCGGGUCAGUCUCCUCUAUAUUGGGCUCAGCCUUGUGUUUGGACCUCUGCUGGGGAAGAGCUGGAGACUUUACCGAGUGUUCACUCAUCGAGUGCCGGAUAAACGAGUGAUUAUAAAGGACAUCACGCUGCUGGGGCUGGAAGCUGCUCUGCUCUUCAUGGACUCUCUGCUGCUUCUCUCCUGGGUGUUAUCUGACCCUGUGACCUGUGUCCAGAAUGUGAGCGCCAGCAUUAAGGCUGCAGAACGCGCCACAUUCUGUGAAGUCACCAGGACGCACCUCUGCUCCUCCAAGUACAUGGACUUCUGGAUCGCUCUUCUUCUGGGGUUCAAGGGCAUGUUUCUGGUGUACGGCACUUACCUGGCCGGCCUGACCAAGAAUAUCAGCACUCCCCCGGUCAACCAGUCUCUGGUCAUCAUGGUGGGCAGCAGCCUGGUGAUUGUGGCCACCGUGACCGUCCUGUCAGUGUCACGGUUCUUCUAUAACUGGUCCAGCCUGGUCUAUGGGGUGACAGCUGGAAGCGUCCUCCUCUGCACCACCACCAUCACAUGUCUCAUCUUCAUCCCACAGCUUUUGCAGUGGAAGCAGUUUGAGGAGGAGCCAAGUCAGACCAACGUGCAGAUGGCCAAAUAUUUCAACAGUCCUUGCAAGAGCAUAAGGUCUAUGUACAGUGAAGAGCAGAUCUACCACCUGCUGGGAGAGAACACCUCCAUGAGGCGGCUGCUGACCGAGAAAAAUGCUGUGAUAGAAAGUCUCCAGGAGCAGGUGAUCAAUGCCAAGGAGAAGCUGGUGGAGCUCCUGAAGUCAGAAUGUAGCGUGGAAAUUACACAAGUGUCGGCGAUAUCCACCUCCACGCCGACCAUCAAUCAGCACAAAGCAGCUACAGACGAGACCGCUGCUAAUAGUGAAAAUAAAGGACCCUCGACCAGGGCUCCGGACGAGGACAUAAACCACAGUCCGUCCAUCCAGGCUGCUGUGAAAUGCACAGGUGAAGACGUGAAGCCCUCUGCUGAGGAAGGAGGCAAUUUCCAAGAGGUUGUCCUUCCAUCUCCAGAACCAAAAGAAGACAAUGACCUGGCUGCAGUCUCCAGAAACGUCAGCUUUGUCAACAGUGUUCCUAAUGAGUACUUAGAGAAAUUGGUGGACGGCCCCUCCGAGGCUUGGGAGCAACUGUCACGGAAGGUGAACUACGUCAGCAGUGAGAAGCUUCAGGAGAUUCUCAGGGAGCUCAGUAUAGAGACUCUGUCCGCAUCUAGUCAGCUGUCUCCUCGGAGGCAGAGACGUGCCAGCCACAGCAUCCAACAAGAAGCCAUCUCACAUCCCCCUGAAGGUUUCCACAACGUCUGCAUCAGCUUGUCCCCUUACAUAGCACGGAGACGAAGAGGCCACGGACACGUCCGCAGGAACAUCCUCCCGUCCUCACAGUACUCUAGAGCUGUAUUGCCUCCACCUCGGUGUCUCAUCGGGGCCAGAGACAGAAAUAAUGGGGCAAACCCCCUAAGAGACGACACAGGUGAUCUAAGACCGGAUGAAAAAAACCUUGAACGUUAUCAUCAUCCAUCUGUCCUAAUGAGGGACACAGAGUUACGUGGCCAGGAAAAUGGUGGUCUUUGGGUAACCAAAUUAUCAGAGCCACCAGAACCUCCCAGGAGAUUAGGCCAUGCUACUCACUGGAGCAACACGGGAACCGAGACCCUCAGACCCCAAACUCUCUGUUCUGAGUCAGACUCCAGCAGCUCGGAGGAGACUUUCUGUUACUGUCACAGACCGUACUGUGACAUGUGUUCGCCACCUACCUGUGACUCUAGUGACAGCUGUACCACUGACACGGAGGCUGCCGACCACCUGCAUGGGUGGCCAAGUCAUCAGCGCAACGUGCGGCCGGUCAUAAACUUUACAGAGGACCUUACACCAACUUUUGUUUGACAGUGAAACAGGCUGCACUUUCCUGUGACCCCCUCCCCCUUCUGUCCCUACAACCGCAUCUCCAUUGCACU